AAACCAGGAUCGCGGCUUCCUCGGUGCAGUCUUUAAACAGGAAACCUGAGAUUCAUAACAUCUUAUAGUUUGGCUUGCCAUCAUUGGUCAUGCGAUGGGCCCGAAAUAAACUCCCUGCUUCAAAGGAGAGCAUUUCAGAACUGCCUGGCAGAGCAGCCAGAAGCCCAGGGCCAGGGCUGAAGGCAAACUCAGGGAGCAUGUUCUGAAUUAAGACACUCUCGGAAAAAUCCUUUUUCUUACCCCUGAAUUUUACCCUUGUUUCAGAGCCUAACAGGUGCCAGGCUGGAGGAGGAUGGCAGUAUUACCCCUGCCUGCUCAGAACCCCAUGAGUGCUGCUUACCUGGAUCCAUGUCCCUGGAAUUCCCAGAAGGAGAACUGGAUUUGAGAGUUUUCUGGUUUGAUGCUUGCUCCUCCCUGCUGAGUGUCUUCUGGAGGCGGAGGUAAGGGGUGUAAGAGGAUGGCCACGGAGAUCAGUGCUCGGGGCACACCGCGCGCCAUUGGGCAAGAGGAAUACAACCUGUAUAGCAGCCUGAGCGAGGACGAGCUGGUCCAGAUGGCCAUUGAGCAGAGCCUGGCUGACAAGACUCGGGGCCCAGCCGCCACUGAGACCACUGUGCCCACACGUGUCAACCGCGAACCCGCCCACUUCUACCCAUGGACCAGGUCCGCAGUGUCUCCUGAGAGCGCCCCGACCUCAGCCCCCAAGGGCCUGUUCCAGGAGGUUAUGCAGAAAUACAACCGCAGCAAGUCCCAGCUGGCGCCCGUGGACCCUGUGCUAAAGGCCAUCAAGGAGGGUGAUGAAGAGGCCUUGACGGCUAUGAUCAAGGCGGGCAAGAACCUCUCAGAACCCAACAAGGAGGGCUGGCUGCCGCUGCACGAGGCGGCCUACUACGGCCAGCUGAACUGCCUGAAGGCCCUGCACCGAGCAUACCCGGCAGUCAUCGACCAGCGCACCCUGCAGGAGGAAACGGCCCUUUACCUGGCGACCUGCAGGGGACACGUGGACUGCCUCCAGUUCCUGCUCCAGGCUGGCGCCGAGCCCGACAUCUCCAACAAGUCCCGAGAGACACCGCUCUACAAAGCCUGUGAGCGCAAGAACGUGGAGGCAGUGAGGAUUCUGGUGCAGUACAAGGCGGACACCAACCACCGCUGUAACCGAGGCUGGACGGCUCUGCACGAGUCUGUUGCUCGCAAUGAUCUGGAGGUCAUGGAGAUCCUGGUGAGCGGAGGCGCCAAGGUGGAAGCCAAGAAUGCCUAUGGCAUCACCCCCUUGUUUGUGGCCGCCCAGAGUGGGCAGCUGGAGGCACUGAGAUUCCUGGCCAAACACCGCGCUGACAUCAACACACAGGCCAGUGACAGCGCGUCCGCCCUCUACGAGGCCUGCAAGAACGGACACGAGGAGGUGGUGGAGUUUCUGCUGUCACAGGGAGCGGACGCCAAUAAGACCAACAAGGACGGCAUGCUCCCUCUGCACAUCGCCUCCAAGAAGGGUAACUACAGGAUCGUGCAGAUGCUGCUGCCGGUGACCAGCCGCACGCGCGUGCGCCGCAGCGGCAUCAGCCCGCUGCACCUGGCGGCCGAGCGCAACAACGACGAGGUGCUCGAGGCCCUGCUUGGGGCGCGCUUCGACGUGAACGCGCCGCUGGCGCCCGAGCGCGCGCGCCUGUACGAGGACCGGCGCAGCUCGGCGCUCUACUUUGCGGUGGUCAACAACAACGUGUACGCCACCGAGCUGCUGCUGCUGGCCGGCGCCGACCCCAACCGCGACGUCAUCAGCCCCCUGCUCGUGGCCAUCCGACACGGCUGCCUGCGCACCAUGCAGCUGCUGCUGGACCACGGCGCCAACAUCGACGCCUACAUCGCCACGCACCCCACCGCCUUCCCCGCCACCAUCAUGUUCGCCAUGAAGUGCUUGUCGCUGCUCAAGUUCCUCAUGGACCUCGGCUGCAACGGCGAGCCCUGCUUCUCCUGCCUGUACGGCAACGGCCCGCACCCGCCCGCCCCGCCGCCCUCCAACAGGUUCAAUGAUGCGCCCGCCUCGGACAAGGCGCCCAGCGCGGUCCAGUUCUGCGAGUUCCUGUCGGCCCCGGAAGUGAGCCGCUGGGCCGGGCCCAUCAUCGAUGUCCUCUUGGACUACGUGGGCAACGUGCAGCUCUGCUCACGGCUGAAGGAGCAUAUUGACAGCUUCGAGGACUGGGCUGUCAUCAAGGAGAAAGCAGAACCUCCAAGACCCCUGGCUCAUCUUUGCCGGCUGCGAGUUCGAAAGGCCAUCGGGAAGUACCGCAUCAAACUCCUGGACACGUUGCCGCUUCCAGGCAGGCUGAUCAGAUACCUGAAAUACGAGAACACCCAGUAACCAGAGCACGCGGGGGAGGAGCGGCUCCUCAGACGGUUUCACUGAGUCUCAGGACAGCGGUGUCCCCAAAUCCAGGGGACCCGGGGACAGACGUGGCUGGGAGCCAUUGGGCUCUCAGCAGUCUCUGGACCAGAGCUUUGCCCAGAACAGAGGACAGGUGUGUCGAGCAGAAGAACCAUGUUGACUUUCACUUGGAUGAGGAGAGCCCAGACCGGCUCUGCCAUCGGGAAUGGCAGAAAGCUCCAUUCCUGGGGCCGGGAGGUGGGGCCAGGGCAGAACUUGGGGUGCCAGGGCAGAACUUGGGGUGGUCGGGGGAAGGCAAGGGGGCCGGCAGCGAAGCCCUGGCCCCACCUCUAGGCUAUGGCUGGAGAGCUUUCGGGGUGAUUCUGUCUUUGCUGGACAGCCUCGCUGCAGAGCUGCCCCGUGCCCCUCCCCCGUGUUCUGUGAAACUCUCCACUUGAUCUGAGCUCUCUCUCCAAAGCUGUGUGUGGCCCAGGGGAGCAGGGUGGGGAGGGCCCCCUCGGGCCCAGAGGGCUUCCUUAGGUACAAUAAAUGUUGCACAGACGACA